UGUCAAGGAGAUUCAUUAAGAGUCAAAUUUUGUUUUGUAGGUUUUUUUUGUUCAAAAUUUUUCAUCUUAAGCUCGGUUUCUAUUCCCGUUAACUAGUUUUUUACCAUCAAUUUGAUAUGAAUCGCUUAGGUGACCUAAUUAGUUAUCAAAAAUCUCCAAAAAGUCCAUCGUCACCGGCUAAUAAUUACGAGAAUGAAAAAAACCGUAAGUAUGAUCGUCAAUUGCGUAUUUGGGGUGACACUGGACAAUAUCUUAUUGAGGGAAGCUCAGUUUGCUUGAUUAACGCUAAUGCAACUGGAACUGAGAUCUUGAAGAACCUCGUUCUUGCUGGUAUUGGAUCAUUUACCAUUAUCGAUGGAUCCAAGGUUUCAACUGAAGAUGACAAUAAUUUUUUCUGUGACCCUUCAACUUCUCUUGGUAAAUCUCGUGCCUCUGUUAGUUCUCAAAUGCUUCUUGAACUUAAUCCUGAUGUUAGUGGUGAUUAUAUCGAAGAAUCAGUUGAAACUUUACUAGAAAGUAAUCCAUCAUUGUUUAAAAAUUUCACCACAGUCAUAGCAGCUAAUGUACAUAAUGAAAAAACUCUGAUUAAGCUAUCAGAAAUCACAUGGGAAUACAAUAUACCCUUAAUCCUUGCCUACUCGAUCGGAUUUGUCGGUCUUAUUAGGAUUCAAGUUCGUGAACAUCCCGUCAUUGAGGCUCAUCCAGACAAUACACUUGAAGACUUGAGAUUAGAUAGGCCAUUCAAAGAGCUCAAGGAAUAUCUAGAAUCCUUCAAAGAUUUUGAAACGUACAGUAGAUCUGAAGUUGCCCAAAUACCCUUUGUUGUAAUUAUUUACAAAUUUCUUAAAGAAUGGCAAAAAGCUGGUGGCAAGUCACCUAAUUGUAUACCCACUACAUUCAAAGAGAAAGAAGAAAUACGCAAAUUAAUUAGAGAAUGUAUGGCUAAAAUAAGAAACAAUGUCAGGAAAAAAAUAGAAGCUGAUACAACCGAAAUCGUCAUCGAAGGUGAAAUCGAAUUGGACAAUUUUGAAGAAGCCAUCAGAUCGGUCAAUACUGUUUUAUUGCCGUCAAACAAGAUUCCCAGUGAUACUUUAUAUUUACUUAAUGAUAUUUCCGUGGAGAAAGUCAUGGAAGGUAUGGUUGAAAAUUCAAACUUUUGGCUAUUAGUUCGAGCUUUGAAAUUAUUUUUAAAUGAAAAAAGUGACGGCUGUUUGCCUGUCAGAGGAUCCUUGCCUGAUAUGACUGCGGACACUACAAAUUAUGUUAAACUUCAACAAAUAUAUCAAACUAAAGCUAAAGAAGACGCCGAAACCCUCUAUAGUUGCCUUACUUCGGUUUGUAGUUCAUUAGGAAAAUCAAUGGACACAAUAUCAGAAGAACAAGUUAAAACAUUUUGUCGCAAUACCCAUUUUUUGAAGAUUAUUAGAACCUCGCCGAUAUGGUCCGAGUAUGGCUCAAAUCAGGAUGACAAGAUUUCAAUUAAAACGGCAACUAAAUUGAGAGAAUUAGUGAAUUGUGCCGAUUUUGACGGAGAUGAGAGUGAUGACCUGAUAUUUUACCUGAUGUUUCGUUCCAUUAGUCGAUUUUUUACUCUUUACAAUAGAUAUCCAGGUUAUUGUGAUGAUCUUGUUGAAAGUGAUAUUUCAACCUUAAAAAGUUGUUUUAAAGAUAUUAUAAAUGAUCUAGGCUGUGCUAACUUAUCGAAAGAUGAUUUCAUUCAUGAAAUGUCUCGGUAUGGAGGAGCUGAGUUACAUUCAAUUUCUGCAUUCAUUAGCGGCUGUGCUGCUCAAGAAGCUGUUAAAUUUAUUACCAAGCAAUUUGUCCCUCUUAACAGUAUCUUAAUUUAUAAUUCCAUGUCAUCUAGAACUUCAACUUAUCAAUGGUGAUCAGUUAUCGAAAAGAAGGCAAAUAAGAAGAAGCGAGUGUUAAUGACAAAAGCAAUUUGAAAAUUUUAAUUACAUUUGUGUAUCUAUUAAUCCCAGUGAAAAUUGACAUUAAAUACUUUUGAUUCUAGCUCUUACA